ACUUCCCGCCGUCCCCAUAGCAUUUCAAUAUUUCAAUCGCAAUAUAAUAAGGUUACCGUUACCGAUACCGACACUUUACUUUUCAUCUUCUUCAUUCGCUCGAAAGUACCAAAGACCCAGUACUUUAAUACUCCCUCAUGUGAUUCAAAUGACUACUUGCGCAAAAUGACUACUAAUCCCAGGGACUAAUCAAAUGAUUGCUACCGUACCUGGGGAUCAUCAAGUCACUUCAUACAUAGGUACCUACACCACACUUCAUUCACACUUCACACCUACUUCUCCUUCUCAAUCGCUGGCAAACACGAAUUCAUCCUAUGCUAGCUAACAAGUGGCACACAACAGAGCAGAACAAGAUCUGAUGUGUAACUGGGGACGAACUCUGAGCCGGAAGACGAAAAGCUGCCAUUCAAGGAUGUGAAGCAAGGAUAGACCUUGUUGAUGUCUCCGAUUUUCUUUUAGUUUUGGCCACGAGGGUCCAUUCAUAGAAUUUCAUUCAUUCUUUAUUCUUUCUUCAGUAAUCGAGAAUUGUACGGAGUGGGGCUACUUCGUAUAAAACGACUCAAGCCACUGUGGCUCAUUUAUCAAUUUGACACUUUACUCAGAUAAGAAAGUACCUAGAGAAUGGAGGUAGUGGCUUGAUUUUCUGAUUUCUGAUUGGUACACAUGGACACCCACCAUGCGAGGCCGAUAGGUGCUCGCUGGUAAGUGCGGGCAGGUAACACCUCAAACAGAAAUGUCCCACCUAAUCUUCCACAGGUGAAAUCGAAAGAAGGAAACUAUCUAAUGUUGAAAAUACCCUCAACAUCAAUUUAUUUUUCUGUUACUUAUUCUUCUUCUCCAUCUUCUUCUUUCUUCCUAAGUAAAUCUAAACUUCCUACAAUAUUCUCGAGAUCUUAUAUAUCAUCCACAUACAAAAUGCCAGCUAGAACUCCACCAACUGCUGAAGCAAAAGCAAAUGAUUUUCUCGAUUUCCUGAAUGCUUCUCCUGGUCGUAAGUAAACCAAGCUAUCAAUACCAUCCCGUCCUUAUCUCUGCAGUUGUACCUAACAUAUAAUUCUUUUAGCCUACCAUGCAGUACACUCUGCCAUCCAACGACUUUCCAAAGCGGGCUUCACAGAGAUUAAGGAACGAGAUAACUGGUCUACAAGUCUACACCCCGGAGGAAAGUAUUAUCUCACGAGAAAUGCUUCUUCGAUUGUCGCUUUCGCCAUUGGCAAGAAAUGGAAGGCAGGUAAUCCAAUUGCUAUGAUUGGUGCUCAUACCGAUUCACCUACUUUACGUAUUAAGCCCGUGUCGAAGAAACAAGCUUCUGGCUUUAUACAGGUGGGUGUGGAGACAUAUGGCGGUGGUAUCUGGACAUCAUGGUUCGACAGAGAUUUGAGUAUCGCUGGUAGAGCUAUGGUUAAAGAUGGAGAUGGCAAUUUCGUACAAAAGCUGGUCAAGAUCGAUCGACCAAUUCUCCGCAUCCCCACUUUAGCCAUACAUCUCAAUCGUGCCACAAGUUUUGAACCGAAUAAAGAGACUGAAUUAUUCCCCAUUGCCGGUCUUGUGGCAGCCGAGUUAAAUCGUACAGGAGCCAGUGAGAACGGGCCAACUCCGGUUGAGGAAAAUAAAGACUCGGAGGAAUACCGACCAUUACAAGCCAUGACCACUCGACAUCAUCCAUACAUUGUCGAACUGAUUGCAAAGAAUGUCGGUGUUAAUAUUGAUGAUAUCGUUGAUUUUGAAAUGAUCUUAUACGAUACACAAAAAGCUUGUUUGGGUGGAUUGAACAAUGAACUUAUUUACUCGGGCAGAUUGGACAAUUUGGGCAUGACGUACUGUAGUGUCGAGGGACUUAUUGAAUCUGUGAAGGAUUCUGCUGCUUUAGAUGAUGAAUCAUCGAUUAGACUAAUUACCUGUUUCGACCACGAAGAGAUCGGUAGCACAUCUGCCCAUGGAGCCGCCUCUAAUCUUCUUCCCGCCGUCCUCAGACGUUUAUCCGUCAUCCCCGCUUCAACUACAGCUCCUGGCUCAAGCUCUUCCUACGAUAUGGUACAUCGUGAAUCUGAUGUGGAGAUUGCAACAGCCUAUGAGCAAAGCCUCGCAUCUUCCUUCCUCAUCUCGGCGGAUAUGGCCCACUCUAUUCAUCCCAAUUAUGCUCAAAAAUACGAACAAGACCAUCGUCCUGAAAUGAACAAGGGGACAGUCAUCAAAAUUAACGCAAAUCAACGCUACGCCACUAAUUCCCCUGGUAUAGUCCUUCUAGAAGAAAUCGCUCGUAAAGCCAAACCAAGCGCUGAUUCAAAGGAUGGAAAGAAUGGUGUUCCCCUUCAACUUUUCGUUGUUAGAAAUGAUAGUAGCUGCGGAAGUACUAUUGGACCAAUGUUGAGUGCAGCACUAGGAACGAGGACACUGGAUCUAGGUAAUCCAAUGUUGAGUAUGCAUAGUAUUAGAGAGUGUGGAGGGGCUUUUGAUGUAGAGCAUGGAAUCAGAUUGUUUGAGAGUUUCUUUAAUCAUUUCUCGGAAUUGGAGGGAAAGAUUUUGAUUGACUAGAAGGAAGGGAGUUAGUAUAGGGGUAUGAACGAGGUCUAGCGAGUUUGGUUUAGGGGAGCGGGAUGAUGAUGGGUUUGUCCGUCGUUCGUUGUUUGAACACCUAGGUAGGCAGAUAUAAAUGAAUUAUGAGAUGUGAGAAUGGGAUGAGACGAAAAUGAAAAUGGAAUUAAGAAUCUUUGUGAUAAUAUUUUAAAUGAAAGUGAGUAAAUAAAAAAAGAAAUUAUAUCCUUCAAGG